GCAGUAUUCCAGAUAAACAAUAUGGCGGCGUCCUUACAGAACCUCACAUUUGCCGGGAGAUAUCUCCUACAAAGAUACUUACUGAAGACUAAUUCUUUGAGCAGGCUCUCAGCUGGACCGACCAGGCUCUUGGCUACUCAGGCUGCUCAGCAGGUGGCACUGAAUGUCCCCGAAACCAAAGUGACCACUUUAGACAACGGGCUCCGGGUGGCUUCAGAGGACUCUGGGCUCACCACCUGCACAGUGGGCCUGUGGAUAGAUGCUGGCAGUCGCUAUGAGAACAAGAGGAAUAAUGGCACUGCCCACUUCCUGGAGCAUAUGGCAUUUAAGGGCACCAAGAAACGCUCUCAGCUGGAUCUGGAGUUGGAGAUCGAGAACAUGGGCGCUCACCUGAACGCCUACACGUCCCGGGAGCAGACUGUGUAUUACGCCAAGGCUUUCUCUAAGGAUCUCCCCCGAGCUGUGGAGAUCCUGGCUGACAUCAUCCAGAACAGCACACUGGGUGAGUCAGAGAUCGAGAGGGAGCGAGGGGUGAUCCUCAGAGAGAUGCAGGAAGUGGAGACCAAUAUCCAGGAAGUGGUCUUUGAUUACCUGCAUGCUACAUCGUACCAGUCCACAGCGUUGGGCAGGACCAUCUUGGGCCCCGCAGAGAACAUCAAGACAAUCAACAGAGGAGACCUGGUUGAAUACAUCACCACUCACUACAAAGGACCCAGAAUAGUGCUGGCUGCUGCUGGAGGUGUUUGUCACGAUGAGCUCAUUGAUUUGGCCAAGUAUCACUUUGGAAAGCUUCCUGGCAAAUAUCAAGGUGAAGCCCCAGCACUCCCUCCAUGCCACUUCACCGGAAGUGAGAUCCGUGUGCGUGAUGACAAAAUGCCUCUGGCUCAUAUCACCAUCGCCGUAGAGGCAGUCGGAUGGUCUCACCCCGACACCAUCCCUCUCAUGGUUGCCAACACGCUGAUUGGAAACUGGGACCGUUCAUUUGGCGGAGGCGUGAAUCUGUCGAGUAAACUGGCUCAGAUGGCCUGUCAGGGAAACCUGUGCCACAGUUUCCAGUCCUUCAACACCUGCUACACUGACACAGGCCUGUGGGGGCUCUACAUGGUGUGUGAGCCCGGCACCAUCAACGACAUGAUGCACUUCACUCAGAUGGAAUGGAUGUCUCUUUGCACCAGUGUGACAGAAAGUGAGGUGGCUCGGGCAAAGAAUCUGCUCAAGACCAACAUGCUCCUGCAUCUGGACGGAUCCACCCCGAUCUGUGAGGACAUCGGCAGACAGAUGUUGUGCUACAACCGCAGGAUUCCUCUGCCUGAGCUGGAGGCCCGCAUCGAUGCCAUUGAUGCAAACACCAUCAAAGAAGUGUGCACCAAAUACAUCUAUAACAGGGCUCCUGCCAUCGCAGCUGUUGGUCCAAUUGAACAGCUGCCAGACUACAACCAGAUCCGCAGUGGGAUGUUCUGGAUGAGAAGCUGAGCAGAACCACUCUGAGGAACUAUCAACUGUACAGAAUACAAACAGAAAAAAAUA